CGCAUGCGCGAUGCGUCAUGCGCGAUGCGUGAUCGCCGCAUGCGUGAUGACUGACCUGGGUCUGUUUUGUUAGAACGCGGGAAACAAGUCUGCGCGAUGGAAGCAGCGAUCUCUGCCGUCUUGUUGGAGGAAGAUGCUGAUGAUGAUUUAUUGCUCUCCUGCUUCCUAGAAGAUGACAGCGAUAUAUUUAGAAGGAGAGAAGACGAGGGAUGUUAUAGUGUGUUGAUAUUACGUCACUUAAUUGAUAACGAAACUAAAUUUAGAGAAUAUUUCAGAGUGUCGACUGAGAUAUUUGAUACAAUAUUAGGCUUUGUUAAAGAAGACAUCACGAGAUCGCAGUGCAACAGAGUCAAAAGGCCAAUAUCUGCUGAACAGAAGUUAUGUCUUACUCUCAGGUUUAUGGCCACGGGAGAGAGUUUUCGUUCACUGGCGUUUCAAUUCAGAAUAUGCCCUAGCUGGGUAAGUAUUAUUAUAAAAGAGACAUUGCAAUCUAUUUGUUCAAAAAUGUUGAAUUCUUCAAUACCAUCACCUGACCAAGAUGUUUUAAAACGUUCUUCCAUUGGUUUUCAUCGCAAAUGGAACUAUCCCAACUGCUGUGGGUCGAUAGAUGGAAAACAUAUCCGAAUAAUCAAACCUAAACAUUCUGGAUCUCUGUUUUAUAAUUACAAAGACUAUUUCUCAGUUGUGUUACUUGCGCUUGUAGACGACAACUACAAGUUUUUAGCAAUAGAUGUUGGUUCCUAUGGAAAAGAAGGUGAUGCAGGCAUAUUUGCUAAAUCUGUCUUAGGACAAAGACUUUCAGAAGGAACAUUCAGAUUUCCUGAACCAGCUAUACUUCCUGGAACUGACACUCUAAUGCCACACGUUAUUUUGGGUGAUGAAGCUUUUCAGCUGACUUCCUCAGUAAUGCGUCCUUACCCAAGGGCACAAUCUAAAUGUGAUGAAGAAAAAGCAAUAUAUAAUUAUCGCCAUUGUAGAGCUAGACGUACGUGUGAAAACGCUUUUGGAAUACUUUGCCAAUAUUUUAGAGUAUUUUUCACUGCCAUCGCCAUCAAGCCUGACACAGUGGAUCUUCUGGUCAUCGCAUCAUGCAUAAUACAUAAUCAUCUAAGAUCUGCAAGAAUUCCAUGCCCGGGUGAAGAAGAGGACCGAAAUGUGUGUCUCCCUACUGAAAAUAUGAUACCCACGGCAAGACAAGGACGUAAUUCUACUCAUCUUGCGUAUAGCAUACGAGACAAAUUUAAAAAUUACUUUUGCAGCCAAGAAGGACAAGUAAGCUGGCAAUUAUAUCAUGUGAGGAAAACAAGUUAAAAAGUAUUUUUCACGUGAAGAAAGGGUAAAUGCAAAUGUUAUUCUUUUCUUAAAAAAAAAAAAUUCUCUUUGUGCUAUAGUAAUGCUGUGUAUUUUUGUAUUUGAGUGUAAAAUUUGUAAAUAUUAUGUCAAAAUAGAUAAUUUAUUAGCAAA